AUGCAGACUGCUUCUACAAACAUUUGUGAAAGAAUGUGCAAUACGUCCAUCCGUGAAAUUUCCUUGCUACUAAAUAUUCCAUGGUCAACUGUUAGUGGUAGUAGAACAAAGUGGAAACAACUGGGAAAGACAGCAACUCAGCCACAAAGUGGUAGGCCAUGUAAAAUGACAGAACGGGGUCAGCGCAUGCUGAAGUGCACAGAAGUCACUGUCUGCAGAGUCAAUAGCUAAAGACCUCCAAACUUUGUGUGGCCUUCAGAUUAGCACAACAACCGUGCGUAGAGAGCUUCAUGGAAUGGGUUUCUAUGGCCAAGCAGCUGCAUCCAAGCACUUACAUCACCAAGUGCAAUGCAAAGAGUUUGAUGCAGUGGUGUAAAGCACACCGCCACUGUACUUUAG